CGUUUUCAUCAAGGGCAUGCGCUGUGCGAGUGUCCCCGGAAGUACAUGCAUGCAUGUGUAGCAUAUGACAACCUUGAAAAGACUACAAAACAACUACCUGAUAUCUUAUGUCUCAAAACCCGUUGGAGCGAUGCCAGUAACAAGAUUAUUAUACCCUCUGUUCCAGCUGGGAAACCCUCAGCUGAGGAUCUUAAGACCCAACUGGUUCCUGACUUUGGUGAGGCCGGGAAAAGAGCAGCCUCCUGACACUGUCCAGUUUCGCAUCCCAAUGGAAAUGACCAAGUGUGACGUAAAAAACUACCUGGAGAAGAUCUAUAACGUCCCUGUAGGAGCAGUCCGUACCAGGAUACAGUUUGGCUCCAACAAGAAGAGGAAUCAUCUAAACCAGAAGGUUAAGCAGCCUGACUAUAAAGUAGCCUACGUUCAGCUGGCCCAGGGCCAGACGUUCACCUUCCCUGACAUCUUCCCGGAAAAAGAGCGGAUGCCGGCGGAGGGCUCCAUGGAAGAGAUGCAGGAGAAGUUCAUGGAGGACGAGAAGCAGAGGCAGAAACUCGACCCCAGGAGAGGAGGGGUCACCGAGUGGUUCGGACUCUGAGACAGCCCACUGACCGGGACCUCUGCGCUCAUAUGGUGUGGCGUGGGUGUUUCAUUGGGAGCAUGAUAUAUUGAUUUACAGCGCGACUGUUGUGAUGUCACUUCUAUUUCUGUAAGAAAUACUCACUAGUAAAGAAGAAUGAGCAUGUGUGUGGGAGACUGGCAACGUGUGUUUGUGUGUGAGUGUGUGUGAGAGAGAGAGUGAGUGAGUGAGUUUGUGCAGCUACGGUCUCCAUCAACUCAGAUGACCUCCUCUCCUUCCUCCUCCCACACUUCCCGUUUCACCUCAUUCUCCUUUUACCCCUCCUCUUUGGCACCAGUACCUCUGCACCUCUUCUUCCUUUGACUCCUCUUUCCUCAGGAGUUUCUUUUCCUUCUCAUCUGUCGCCUCUGCUGUCCCUCUUUCUCCUUUGCCCCCCCCCCUCCUACUCCUCUUCCUUUGCCACGCUAGGGGAGGGUAUACUGUGGCAUCCCUAGUUGCUCUGACUCUCAGCCAGUUGGAUCAGACUACCUGGACAACCCACAUCCUUUCCUCUUUUAUGAGUUUGCCUUGGAUUAAUUGACCACUUUAGGUAAACAACAAUUGAGAUGUUGUUUCAGCGAAGCAACGACAUGGAAUUUGCUAGAGUGUUUUAUUAUUUUGUGGUAGCACCUCUUGCCAUAACUGAGAAAAGAUUGUACCCAGUGUUUGUGUGUGUUUGCCUAGCAUGCAGGACUUGCCAGUGAAUCUGUCUAAUUGUAAGUGCUGUUGGAAUAAGAACUAAUAAACGGUCACCAAAAGUG